AUGUCACACAUACCCUUCUCUCUUUAUGGAGUUACAAUGGAGACUGUCCUGAAGACCAGCGCUGCCACUGCCACCGACGAGGUGGAGACUGUCCUGAAGACCAGCGCUGCCACUGCCACCGACGAGGUGGAGACUGUCCUGAAGACCAGCGCUGCCACUGCCACCGACGAGGUGGAGACUGUCCUGAAGACCAGCGCUGCCACUGCCACCGACGAGGUGGAGACUGUCCUGAAGACCAGCGCUGCCACUGCCACCGACGAGGGUACACAGCCCAAAAACAGAAAAAGAGUCAGAAGGACAAGAGUGGAGACUGUCCUGAAGACCAGCGCUGCCACUGCCACCGACGAGGUGGAGACUGUCCUGAAGACCAGCGCUGCCACUGCCACCGACGAGGUGGAGACUGUCCUGAAGACCAGCGCUGCCACUGCCACCGACGAGGGUACACAGCCCAAUAACAGAAAAAGAGUCAGAAGGACAAGAGUGGAGACUGUCCUGAAGACCAGCGCUGCCACUGCCACCGACGAGGUGGAGACUGUCCUGAAGACCAGCGCUGCCACUGCCACCGACGAGGGUACACAGCCCAAAAACAGAAAAAGAGUCAGAAGGACAAGAGUGGAGACUGUCCUGAAGACCAGCGCUGCCACUGCCACCGACGAGGGUACGCAAAGCUGA